GGUCUUGCCAUUUUGAAAUCGAAACUCGUACGAAGCGGUCGUUCGUCGUGUCAUCAGCGGUGCGUGUUUAGAAUUUUGAUAUAAAUAAAGCACUUAAUAGAUUUGAGCAGCAGCCCCAACCGUUGGAGUCAUAUCUAAAUACCGUGUGUACAUGAGGGAAUAUUUUGGCAUAAAACGGCAGCUACAUUUCAAAAUCAACGCAAAUCGUAUUCGAGAUCAAUUAAAAGCAAACGUGUCAGCAGCAGCAGCUACUAAAAAAGCUAAUACCGCUCGAUUAACUAACAACCUGUAACAAAAGUCUGCAGAUUUCGUAACAGCAUCAAACAUUUGCUUGCAGUCAGUCUUCGUUGUCGUCACGCAAAGAAUACAAAACACAAGAAAAUCAAAAAUCAGCUGAAAUCCCAUACGCACACAGAAACUCUCAAACUCACAGAAGAGAAAUAGAAACACACACACCCACACACACAGAGGCACAGGCAAACACGGACAGCGAGUGAAAGUGCGCGUGUAUGUGUUAUAAAAUUAAAAGCAAAGAAAUUUGUUGUAUCAAUUAACUUGCGGUGUCAGCAUUUAAGUAAAAAAAAACCUAAAACGUCUGUAAGCCAUUUUGGUAACAGACGCAACCCACAUAAACCAAAACAACAAAUACUAAAAUUCAGCACACAAUGAGCGGAUACUCAGACCUCACCAAACUGGAGACUAGUCGGAACUGCCUGCGUCGCAUUGCGCGCCACGAUGAGCAGCAAUUCUCCAAAGACAGCAUCGUCAACGUAAUGGAGAAGUUUGUGAAAACUGUCAACAUUAUGGAUGACACUAUACUGGUGCCAUGCAGGCUCAUGGAUCGUCAGAUCGGUGAUAGCACUGAUAUAAUACCUGCCACGGGCAAGGAUACAACCGCCAAUCAGCUGACACAGAGCUCUAGUGCACACGGUAAACGUGGUGUAUCACAGUCAAAGAAUGUCCAAGACUUUCUCAAUGCCUCCGAGCUGUUCAAUCUCUACAAUGUGCUCAAUGCCCUGAAGAAAGACUUGCUCUGGACGGCCAAUCAGGAUGAUGAGGUUAAUGAGACGGAGGCUGAGUUGGAGGUGGAGCAACAACAACAACAACAGCAACGUCAACACACAACCAGCGGCAGCAGCAACAAUAGCAACAGCAGCAGGGGGGUCAAGGGUCAUGUGAGACGCACCUCAACCGCGUCCAUGAUGUCCACCACAUCCGUGAGCAACAUGAGCGAUUCAGAUUCAGAUGUAUCGAAUGAGAUCGAUUCGGGUCUCGAGUCUGAUGGCAACAAGAGCGAUAAUGCCCAGAGCAGCGAUGGCAGCGAUAUUAUCGAUGCCUGCCAAUCCAAGUCCAAAUCCGCUGGCGGCGAUAAGGCCACCGAUUUGGCGAAACGUUGUAAAAGACAUUUGAAUGGUCUUUACCAGUGCCUGGAACAAAUGACAGAGGCGGCCAACUAUCUGACCGCCAGAUACCAAAGUGAUAUUGGACCCGUCUAGUGGGAAAUGUGAGGGGGGGGGGAAAACGGAUUCAACUCGUAUAACUCUAUGUCUAUGUCUACUAUUAUCUAUAUGCAUAUAUAUAUAUAUAUCUAACUCGGAUGUGUUUAAUCUAUUCUAUAUGUGUAUAUAUACAUAUAAAUUCUUUUGAUAAAUUCGCAGGGCGGGUUAUAUAAAUGAUUGGGGAUUGUAUAGGUAAUAUUGAUAAUGCGAUACGAUUACGAUAACGAUAACUAUAUAAUUGCGUUUAAGUCAUUCGAUAAAAAAAACAUGUUCUUUCUAUUCGUAAUUUGUAUUUUUGGGUUGACGGGUACAACAACAUGGAAAAAUGGAAAACGUAAGAAAAGCGCAUCAAUAGAAAAAUUUCAAAAAUGGAAAGAUGAAAAUCUGUGAAAAGAGGAGGGGCAGCUCGUAGUCUGUAUAUGUUUUUAAAUAUGUUUGUUAAUGAUAUUGAGCAAAAUAAAAAUCAGAGCAUUCCUUUAAUACACACGCUGUCCCACAAACACACACACACACACAUUUAGUAUAUACAUUAGCAAUGGGUGUGGCCUGGCCCCAGCCAAAAUAAAA